ACCUGCUCUUGAACUCCGUUAACGGCAUCUUACAACUUAUUCACCGGCCAAUCUGUUUGAUCCGAACACCGCAUCGAUUGCUCAGAGAGUGCCCUUACGCUUGCACCUGGCCGCCUCCGUUUGCCGACGCGACCCGGUCGUACCUAUAUACGACAUUUAAUAGCUUAGCCUAGCUAUUUACCAGUCGAGCUCCGGAGCGAAUAUGGGCUUGAAUCCAGACGCUUCUCUUUCUCCCUCUUCAUCAACACCAAACCUCGAGAUACCUAAAAGUAUCGGCAUGUCGUCGUCCAUUCGCACCCAUUCCUCUCUGGGCCAGACCAGAGAGACAUCCCCCUCGCCGUCCCCAAGGUCGGGCUCUGUUUCCCUCCAGGCCGCAGCUACUCUCAACGCUGGUCUUCAGCGCAAGGAUUCACUACGAAGCUCUUCCAUCAGCCCUCUCCCUGCAUCCCAGGCCCCCAAGGUUCCCAGCGCCGGUCGUCGCCAAUCACAAGUCCUCAUGAACCUCCAGAUGAACGACCCAUCGAUACCCGCUCCUGGGGAAAUGAUCUCGGACAGCUCCAAGCCUUCAUCCGUCAGUUCCCCCCAGCCUAUCCCCGGCCGCCCGCAACAGCACAGCCGGGCUCCUAGCCUCGGAGAGCUUCACCAGGAGCUAGAGAACGAGCAGGAGUACCAGGUGAACCGCCUGCUCAGCGAAAUUCGAAGGCUACAGUCACAGCUUCAGCGCCAGCAGUCCUCAUCCGGAGCCAUCAGCGAUGACAACUCCGGGCGGGACACACCCAAUCGCAGCUCAACACCACAGAUGGGGGGAAUUUCCGGAACAUCCAUCCCCAAAUCACCGGGCUUCCUUCCCCACCCCCGCGGCUCCUUCGACUUCCCCCGCAGCAGCAACGACCUCAAUAAGGCUCGGUCCAGAACGCCGAGCAGAGGCGCUUCGCCUAGGGUGCGCGCCACGUCCAUUAGUGCAGACAGUAUGGACCAGUGGCCCCUUGGCGGAAAGGAUGAGAGUGCCUUUUAUCAGGCAGAGACGCAGAUGCUUAUCAGGGAAAACCAAAUGUUGAGGCAUCGCAUUCGUGAAUUGGAACGUCAACUAGUCGAGUCAUCAGGGAAAGACGUUGCCAACACUCACGAACCUACUCACGCGUCAGGUCUUCAUCGGUCGACGUCUAUUUCAGACGUAGAACGUCCCAAGAUGACUGCCCCUGCCCAGCAGCACCAGGAGGAAGCCAUUGUUGAGUGAUGGAACACAAGAACUCAGAGUGAGCUCUGGCUUGCUCGAGUGAGAUAUAAAGUUCCACAUUCACGGGUAUGCUUCAAAGGAAGGAACGAUACUUUUAUGAUAACGGCGUUUCCGAGAUUAUGUCGGGCCUCGGGUUUCAAGCUGGCACCACGGACAGUCGUAAGG